AUGGACCCAUUCACCUGGAUCGGUGCGAUUUCAGGAGUUCUUCAAAUCGCUCAAGUCAUCUCCCAGACAACCGCAGGUUUGGUCAAAUUAAAGGGGAGGUUCAGCAAUGCCGAUCUCACCAUCCAGUCACUCAUCGGAGAGCUAUCGAUUAUCGAAUCGGCUUUGACUCACCUAGAGGAUUGGGCCAAAUUCAAUGCCCGUGGUACGACCAAAUCUGAGGAGUACAUGGAAGGAUUGAAUGUCGCAUUGGAUGGCUGCCGGGCGGUUAUGGAGGUUCUGUCCGAAGAGGUAGCGUCCCUAGUCCAGAACAUAGCAGGACAGGACUCUGUCGUUGGAUUCAGAGCUCGUGUCAAAGUAGUUUGGAAUGAGGAUGUCAUGCGAGGUCACCAGGACAGACUCCAUGCGCAGGUGGUGGCCUUGCAAUUGCUGCUACAGGCGUGUCAAUGUCGCUCAUCGUCCGAGCAAGUCGAGCUGCUCCGGAGAGCGGAAAACCGCCAGAUCAUUAAAAAGGUUGCCGAUGAUACAGCCACUCUUCGGAGCUCCAGCUACGCAGGCUCCCAGGCACACGGUUCGAGUUGGAGCUUUUAUCAGCCAUCCGUCAGCAACGUCGCUUCGGAUUUGGACAGAGUGCUUGCCUCUUCUCCCUCAAUCGGUUACGCAGGUCACCACUUCCGAUCCAAGUCGGACAUAGAUGAAGGCUAUGCAAGUGCAGCCACUACCAGUCGCAGCGUCUCGCAAACAGAUGGCUUCUCGCUGCCCCUUCGUCCCAACGAUUCGAUCGUUAUGAGAAAUGGUCACAGCACGAGCGCAACGUUACAACAUGCUCCGCGCCAGUACAGCCAGAGUCAAGUUCAACGAUCGCAAUCAGAUUCAAAACCACCAUCAAGUGGUCGUCCUCCGUUGGGGUCCAAGCGCGAGAAGAUACGUUCGGUCUUUCGACAAUUCAGUCGAAGCAGCUUAACGUCAAGCUCUUCGAGGUCGUCCGGGCUAAGCCCUACGGCAUCGAGAGUAGCACGAGCUGUUAACGAAAAAGAUUUGAAGACGAGCAUUGACCUGGCAACUCCUGAAGGGGCUACGGCUCCUUUGAUCGUCAAACUGGCUCAGUCAGGAGGUCUGGCUGACAUUGAGAUGCUUAUAGAGAGUGGACAUGGAGUCGAUACACGGCAUCUGAGUACUCGAAGGACUGCCCUAUUGGUGGCAGCGCACUGUGGUAACGAGGCGGUCGUCAAUUUGUUUAUUCAGAAGAACGCGAGACUUGACGCUGUCGAUGCCUGGGGUUCUACAGCUCUCCAUCUAGCGGCUUCACGCGGCCAUUGUGAUGUACUUCAGCUGCUUCUUCUGGAGCAGUUGGACACCGAGGCACGAGAUGCCCAGGGCAGGACGGCGCUUUGGCUAGCGGCUGGUCGAGGCCAGCUUGAAGCCACCCGCUUGUUGAUUGCCCACCACGCCAGGGUGAAUGUGCGAGCGGACAAUCAUACGACACCACUUCAUGCUGCAGCAAAGCGAGGUGACGAAGCAAUUGUAGAGCUUUUAAUAUCAUGUGGUGCAGAUUUAGAAGCAAGAGAUGGUGCAAUGAUGACAGCGUUGCACUAUGCAUGCGAAGAAGGCCACCUAGGCGUGAUGACACUGCUCCUGGAUAACAGAGCAAAUAUCAAUGUGCCCGGAAGUGACCGAAGGACGCCGCUCAUCUGCGCCGCAGCAAUGGGGAGAUUUCUGGUGACGCAGGAGCUGCUCAGGCGUAAAGCCUCGACCCAUUGUGUGGAUGAUGCUUCCAUGACUGCGGUACACUGGGCCGCGUUCAAUGGACAUAUCGAGAUUGUAGAUCUCUUAAGUCAGAAGAAGGGCGUGCUGACAGCAACCAACAAAUUAGGGCGAACAGCCCUACACCUUGCGGCCAUGAACUCGCGUUUUGCGGUGAUAGAGCUACUUGUGCGCAAGGGUGUACCGGUCGACACACAAUGCCUCGACGGUCUCACCCCUCUCCAUUACGCCUGUUUGGCCAACAGCCUUGAGAUUGCCAGACUACUGCUCAUCAGUAACGCGAACAUCGAGGCGCAGACAGAGAUCGAUCAGCAGAGACCCAUCCACAUCGCAGCCGCUCGUGGAUCGAUGAAUAUGCUCAAUCUGCUUUGUGACAAGGGAGCCUCCCUGGAGGCUAGAGACGCCAAGGGUGACCGGGCUCUCGGGGUCGCUUGUCGUCACGGCCAUGCAGCAGCAGUUCAGAGCCUCCUUGGUCGAGGUUGCCCUUUGUACGUGGCAUACGAAACCAGACCACAGGAAGAUUCCCCACUGUGUCUGGCAGCAAAGGGGGGCCAUCUCCCCGUAGUUUCCCUUCUCCUCCAGCACGGCGCAUCCGUCGUGCGGAGAGACGAGUCCGGAUGGCAGCCACACCAUUACGCCGCGUAUUAUGGACAUCCUGACGUUCUGGCCCUGUUGCUUCAACGUGGACCUGCAUCGGCAAACGAUGGGACUAGGUUCGGCCUUGACGCCGCGGGAAUCGGUUUCGCCCCUCAUACGAUCAUCUCUGAUGAGCGGAAGGAGCAAGUCCGGCGGUUGUUGAACCAAGAUAGCAGGCAAUUCGCCGCCCGGACCCAGAUCCUUGCUUCCCAGCCCCUUCAAGCUAUAGGAGAAGCAUUCCAUAACAGGACAAUAGACCCUCAGCUAUCCUUGAUGACUCGAUCUCCAGAGCCUUGCGCUGAGCCCUCGGCCAUGGCGCCUCAGGAGCUGCCUGUUACCCUCGAGCAAGGACUGCCCGCGAGCCGGUCCGCUACACCAGAGCAUAUGCGCGGAGGAAGACGCACCAGCAUUGGUUUGAGAAGCAAUCUAUCACAACCUAGGCAGCUCGAGGCAGCUAUACAGUUUUCUUCAUCCGGUAGAGCUCCCCGUCAACCUGAGCCAAGUGUUUCUCACACUGGGUCUACUUCUGAGCCUUGGUUCGACUACUCUCUGCCGUACUGGAGGGGCUCUCCAGUUUCCGCCGUUCAUGAAACCGAGACUGAGGUCGAAGUACUCACACCACAACCGGGUCGGGGGACGGCGUCAGAAAUACCAUUGCUAUCCACAUUCUACUCCGUUGACCCUCUAUGUGAGUCAACUGGUAUGGAGAACUCGGAUUCGGAGUCUUCAUCUUCUGUAUAUACUGCGUGCGAGGGGUAA